AAACAGAUGCAGUCUGGCAUCACUAACACUUUCGGGUAAAGAGAAAUGUUGAAGUCUUGAAUGAAUCAUAGAGGUCAAAUGAAAUUUCCUUUGUGAGUACAGCUGCAUUCAAGCGUUAAAUGUCAGCAUGUAGUCUGUUAAUGACACAAGCAAGUGUUUUUCAUGCUUGAUUUUCUGCAAACCUGUCAGGUCUUAUGGUUUAUUGUGAUUUAUGCCGUGAUUUGAUGGUGGUUUGAUUAUCAGGUUAAUUAUCCCUAUUUUCUUAAGAAACACUACAUUGUUGGUUAAUAUUCGGCUCAUUUGCAGCUGAAUUUAAAAAUCAAACUCAAUGAAGUGACACAUGCAGAUGAUUAACACUCACAGGCCACAAAAGAUUUAAUUCCACGGCGUGCUAUUAGAGGAAAGACAAUGCUGUUAAUCAUCAUGAGUGCAUGGAUUGAUAGGCUCAUGCGACGCAGCCGCAUCCAGCUCUGUAUCAUGGUGAUGUAUGGGGACGCAGAGGUAUUUUCCUUAAGAUGGUGAUUUAAUUAGCUGUAGGAUACCAUUCCUCCUCCUGCACGCUGUCAGGGGAGCACGCACUCAGCCACGAGGUUCUGUCGGCGUUGCUGAUGCUGCUGUUGAGACUGCAGCAUCCAGCGACUCCCGCACACAACGUGCCCAGAAAACAUCUUGUUGCUGGAAAUCGGUUUGCGCCAGGAAGGAGGAGUGGCUCCCAGACUUUUACGCGGCAUAGGCAGUCACAAGGUUUGGGUCUGCUGCCCGACGCAAAGAAAAAAGCACGUGUAGUGGGUGGUCCCUGGCACACGAUUUUCACGUGGCUCUAGCGAGCGCCGAGCCCGAGCCGAACAGUCUAACCAUCAGUCCAGUGCGGCACUAGCUGGAGACAACAUCAACAACAUGGCUGUGGAGAUGGAACCUGCGGACGUGAUCCGCCUGAUAAUGCAGUACCUCAAGGAGAACAACCUCUACCGCACACUGAGCACCUUACAGGAGGAAACCACUGUCUCUCUCAACACAGUGGAAAGCAUUGACAGCUUUAUUGCAGAUAUAAACAAAGGACACUGGGACUCUGUCCUGCUAGCCAUUGAGUCCCUGAAGUUGCCGGACAACAUACUUAUUGACCUCUACGAGCAGGUUGUGAUGGAGCUCAUUGAAAUGAGGGAGGUUGGUGCAGCUCGUUCUCUCCUACGACAGACUGACCCAAUGAUUAUGUUGAAACAGACCCAGCCAGAGCGAUACAUCCAUUUGGAGAACCUGCUAACAUGCUCCUAUUUUGACCCUUUUGAGGCGUACCUGAAAGGCAGCAACAAGGAGAAGAGGCGCAGGGCGAUAGCUGAGGCUUUAGUGAAGGAGGUCAGCGUGGUGCCUCCUUCUCGCCUCAUUGGCCUUCUGGAGCAAGUCAGUUACAUAAAACAACAGCAGUGUCCAGGUAAUCUCUCCACUGACAUGGCCAUCGACACAUCAGGCAGCAAAGAGCAACGUGUGGUGAAAGAGAGCUGUCCCACACAGCUGUACCGCCACAUAAAGUUUGGACGCCGGUCCCACGUGGAAUGUGCCCGUUUCUCACCUGACGGAAAGUAUUUAAUCACUGGAUCGGUGGAUGGGCUUAUUGAGGUCUGGAACUUCACCACUGGAAAAAUAAGCAAGGAUCUUAAGUAUCAGGGCCAAAACAGCUUCAUGAUGAUGGAUGAUGCUGUGCUGUGUAUGUGCUUCAGUCAGGACACGGAUCUACUGGCCACUGGAGCUCAGAACGGCAAAGUUAAGGUGUGGAAGAUCCAAAGUGGUUUGUGCUUGCGCAGGUUUGAGCAUGCUCACACUAAAGGUGUGACUUCGCUGAGCUUCUCCAUCGACAACAACCAGAUCCUCAGUGCCUCCUUCGACCAGACCAUCAGAAUCCAUGAACUGAGGUCAGGGAAGACACUUAAGGAGUUAAGUGGCCAUUCAUCGUUUGUAAAUGAUGCAUCUUUCACUCAAGAUGGACUUCACAUCAUCAGCGCCUCAUCUGAUGGCACUGUUAAGAUUUGGAACACAAAAUCCUGUGCGUGCAUUCACACUUUCAAAUCUCUGUCACCGAUCGAUGUCCCCGUCAACAAUGUGAUUCCUUAUCCACAAAAUCCUGAGUAUUUUGUGAUUUGUAAUCACUCCAACACAGUGGUCGUCAUGAGCAUACACGGUCAGACUAUGAAGACCUUCAGCUCAGACCAAGCAGAAGGAGCAAACUUCGUGUGUUGCACCCUGUCACCCCGCGGGGAGUGGAUCUACUGUGUGGGAGAAGACUUUGUGUUGUACUGCUUCAACUAUACAACAGGGAGACUGGAGAAAAUGCUGACAGUCCACGAGAAAGAUGUAAUUGGCGUCGCUCACCACCCACAUGAAAACCUGAUUGCCACAUACAGCGAAGAUGGCCUGCUAAGGUUAUGGAAACCUUAAACUGCCGGCACCUGCAUCAUUAUGCAGAGAAACUAGACAGCCGUUCACAUGGCUAGAAGAUGGAUGCAUCCUAUUCGUUUCAUGGCCUCAUAAAUACAUUUAAAUUGGAUCUUAUACUGUCAGUUAUUUAUAAUCUAUUUUUUUGAUUAUAUAAAGCUGUAUAAACUUUAGCAACAUGGUCUCCAUCCUCCAUGCUGCACACACACUCUUCCAUCUUCACCAGUGCCAUUUAAAUCCUUCAUUUUCAUUUCUUUAGUAGACAUGAAAAUGCAUGAUGAUGAACAGUUGUGAAAAUAAUUACAAUAGAAACUGCCUCAGAGUUUUGACAUAAACAGUAUUGGGUUUAUGAUGAUUGGUCAGUUUUGGUUUAUAAGAAUUUUGUAACUUUGAUGUAAUGAUUAAGAUUUAUUGUGUGUUCCUUGCAUGCUACCUCAGUUCACUGUUGAAAUGUGGCUCUGCAAUAAUUUUGUUACUCCUGUAAAAAUAUGCAUGAUGAUGAGUGUCACACCUAUUUUGUAUUUUGUAUCCUGUGUGUAUAUAAUAAGUGUGUUUAAUGUGA